AUGCAUAACGAGGCCUUAUCUGAAGUUUCAGGCUAUAUAUCUAUAGCUUGUUGGGUCGUAGUUACCAUUCCACAGCUUUAUGAAAACUAUAAACGAAAGUCAAGCUAUUCUGUAUCAUUAAUUUUUCUCUAUAUAUGGCUUGCAGGUGAUUUACUCAACCUGACUGGUUCUAUUUUGCAGGACUUGUUACCGACGACGAUUUACCUUGCCGCCUAUUACGUUCUAUCCGAUAUUGUCAUAAUAUUGCAAGUUUACUAUUAUCGUCGCAAAAAUGUUAUUUCCGAAGAAUUAUCUCCCUUACUAUCUGAACGAUUGGAAUCACAAGUAUCCAUGGAAAAGUCGAGAUUAAAUCAAUCUUUGGGAAUUUUAAGUGGACUCAUCGGUGUUUGCUUAACUGGCGUUAUCGCUUAUUGUUUCUCCUCUUCAUCUCAACAAGUCAUUAUUAAUCCAUCAUAUGUGAAAGGAGAGCCUCCUAUAUUGAUUCAAGGUGACAUCAAUGUGCAACAGCAUAUGAAAUUGCUACCUCAAAUCCUUGGAUGGUUCAGUGCGAUAUUCUAUCUUGGUUCAAGAAUUCCGCAAAUUAUUCAAAAUUACAAGUCAAAAUCUACUGAAGGAUUAUCAUUGGGCAUGUUCUGUUUUAGUGUUUUAGGCAAUAUCACUUUUUGUUUGUCAAUAUUAUCAUACUCAAUGGAAUAUGAGCAUUUACUUAUAAAUUUACCUUGGAUGCUAGGCAGUGGAGGAACUUUGUUUUUCGAUUUUAUU